AAUACCACGAUUGACCACUAUAUAACAUUUGCUACCCUCUUACUGUGGACUUGAUUGGGACAGACUAAAUGGGUUUUUCUAGCAUAUUUAAUAGUAUGUACGACUCUAAAGUAACCGUUAUAUAUACAGCGUAUGGCGCAGGCCUGGCUCCUAUCGGACGAGCCCAGUAACUAACACAUAGACUGUAUAUAAUAACACUGGUAACUCGUUAGCAUUAGCUAGCGGUAGCAUUAGCUAGCGGUGCUCUACGCUACCGCUAGGUGGCAGCACACGGAGCUACAGACACACAGCACGAGCGCCAGGUGAAGUCGGUUCAUUAUCAGGUGAUAUCGACCAGUAAAAGGCGCAACGUUCAAAGGGCGAUGUUGUCGGUGUUCGUCAGGUCAGCGCUCACCAAAUACCGGAGGUCCUGGCUGCCCGGUCAGGCUGCGGUCAGGGCCAUGUCGUCCUCAGGUGGCGCCGUCUCUCCUUACACCACCCUGUCCAUCAGUCACCCAGCAGAGUCCAUCACACAGGUGGAGCUGAACCGCCCUGAGAAACGCAACGCCAUGAACAGAGCGUUCUGGAGUGAGAUGGUGGAGUGCUUUAAUGAGAUAGCCGGGGACCCGAGCUGUAGAGUGGUGGUGUUUUCUGCAGCUGGAAAGGUCUUCACAGCCGGUAUCGACCUGAUGGACAUGGCCGGCGACGUACUCAAUCCGGAGGGCGACGACACGGCCAGAGUUGCCUGGAACGUGAAAAAAAUAAUCGCCAAGUAUCAAGAGACGUUCACCGUCAUAGAGAAGUGUCCAAAACCUGUUGUCGUGGCCAUCCACGGAGCCUGUGUUGGGGGAGGUGUUGAUCUGAUCACAGCCUGUGACAUUCGCCUGUGUACCCAGGACGCCUGGUUCCAGGUGAAGGAAGUUGAUAUUGGACUUGCAGCAGAUGUUGGAACUCUCCAGAGACUUCCAAAAGUCAUCGGCAGCCGCAGCCUAGUGAACGAGUUGGCUCUGACUGCCAGGAAGAUGUUUGCCGAUGAAGCCAAGAGCAGCGGGCUGGUCAGCCGAGUGUUUGCCGAUAAGGAUGCCAUGAUGGCUGCAGCUCUGGAGAUGGCCGAGGAGAUCGCCGGCCGCAGCCCCGUCGCCGUGCAGGGCACCAAAAUCAACCUGGUCUACUCCAGAGACCACAGUGUGGCAGAGGGACUGGACUACAUGGCUACCUGGAACAUGAGCAUGCUUCAGACUCAGGACGUGAUGAAAUCAGCUCAGGCCGCCAUGGAGAAGAAGAGCCCCAAGACGAUAGCCUUCUCCAAACUCUAAAACACGAGAGAUGCCGUUUAUCUCCGUGUUAGCUGUGCCUCCAUGUGACUUACUACGUCUGAAGAAACCAACGACUCGCUCCCAAAAAAGGGAAAAAUAACCAUACAACCUCUGAAUUCAAGUUUCUCCCUGACACCAAACUAAGACGGAAGGCUGUAAUUGCCCUAUAACUCAUCAUGAAACACUAAUAUUAUCGUUACUCAUAUUUUGCCAUUUCCACAGCUACCAAAGCGGACUGAAGCACUUCGUAGUUUUUUUACACUUUACUGGAUGUGUAUGGAAAUGUAAAUAUGAGGAUUCCUUCUUGGGAUUGAUUUGCAAAGAUCUGCAUUGUUUUGGUGGAAAAAGCCUCUGAAACAGGAAACUCUACUUUCCAUAUAAUAUGGAUAGUUAUCCAUAGUUAUUUUAACACCAGAUGAAAUUUAGUGACUUGUCCCGUCGCUGAAAAAAAUAGGAACGGCACAUUUUUGUAAUUCAUUAAUAGACUUCAUGAAUGUUUAAUCUUAAUAAAGAAACUCAUCUGAGUUAAGACUGGA